ACAAUAUGUGUUGUGCUCCAGCGGCAUACGUGCUAUUUUGCUCUCGGCUGAAAAACAGGUACUAUGUACCGUUAAUGAUAGUGCGUACAAUGAUCUUCUUGUGUGAGGCUAGCUGGCGUGAUUAAUUUCAGUCAUUCUGUAUUAGUGUUCGUUUUUCGUUUAUUUUGGGUUGCGAUUGUGUUCCCCCGGCCUGUCCCUGCAAUUCAGACGGUAAUGAGAGCGGCUCACAGCCUGCAGCACCCAGAAGUGAACGGCAGUCGACCCGGAAGGUCUGAAUUCAGCCUGAAGACGGGCAGAAAGAACAUCUCAACCUUUUUAAUAUAUAUUUUCAAAGGAUAAUAUCUGCAAUCGGAGAAAGCAGCAUGGCAGAGUCUCGGUUUAAUAACCCCUACUUCUGGCCUCCACCUCCCAGCAUGCCCAGCCAGCUGGAUAACCUGGUGCUGAUCAACAAAAUCAAAGAACAGCUGAUGGCUGAGAAGAUCCGGCCUCCGCACCUGCCCCCCACCUCUGUUCCUUCCCAGCAGCCAUUGCUGGUGCCCCCAUCCCCCUCAGAAGGUGGGCAGCACAUGAUGUCCAUCCCCAAGCUGCAGCAGGUCCACGGUCUCCACUCUCAUGGGCCCUCGCAGCCGGACAUCGCCCUGCACGCCCGGCCGGCCUCCAGUACUGUCUCAGGCCUUUUUCUUGGUGAUGUAAACUUUAAUCUGGAUGAUAAGACAUCUGUAAAAGCUAAAGGAUUGUGGGAGGACUGGCAUUUGCGUCAAAUCAUAGACCAACCUACUAGAAUGAACCAUCUAUCAGGGCUGACCCUCUCCUCCCGCUGCGGCGGCCUGAACACCUCGGAGGCCAUCACCCCGACCACGCCCACCUCCAGCAGCCAGAGCCGGCUGGGCGGGGCCUCCUCACCCAAUCUCAUCUCCGGAUUGGCCAGCGGCCCGGGGCUGGAGCCAAUCAAGAGUGGCGGCCUGUCAGGGCUGCUGGGAGCCCCUCCCAAGCCAGAGCGCGGCCGCAAGAAGAUCAAAGCGGAGAACUCGUCCGGCCCCCUGCUGGUGGUGCCCUACCCCAUCCUGGCCUCGGGAAACGACCAGUCCUCUGUCACCAUCGCCGCCAAAGAGGGCAAAACAUACAGGUGUAAAGUGUGCCCGCUGACCUUCUUCACCAAGUCGGAUAUGCAGAUGCACUCCAAGUCGCACACAGAGGCCAAACCCCACAAGUGCCCACACUGCUCCAAGUCCUUUGCCAACGCCUCCUACCUGGCACAGCACCUGCGCAUUCACCUGGGCGUCAAGCCCUACCACUGCUCUUACUGUGAGAAGUCCUUCCGCCAGCUCUCUCACCUGCAGCAGCACACAAGGAUUCACACUGGAGACCGUCCAUAUAAAUGCGCUCAUCCCAGCUGUGAAAAAGCUUUCACUCAGCUCUCCAACCUGCAGUCUCAUCAGAGACAACACAACAAAGACAAGCCGUACAAGUGUCCCAACUGCUACCGAGCUUACUCGGACUCUGCCUCGCUGCAAAUCCACCUGUCUGCACACGCCAUCAAGAAUGCCAAGGCUUACUGCUGCAGCAUGUGUGGCCGCGCCUACACCUCCGAGACCUACCUAAUGAAGCACAUGUCUAAACACACAGUGGUGGAGCACCUGGUCAACCAUCACUCCCCUCCAAGGACUGAGUCGCCCAGCAUCCCCAUCCGCAUCUCCCUCAUUUAGAAGUGCCAGGAACCUUGGCCACGAGCCCAGGUCCUCGGUCAAGUGCUCACUUCAUUAGGAGAACCAAUCACCAGUUGCUGUUUUCAAGUUUGGGGUCCUGAAAGAUGUGCCAGACUGUAUUUGUAUUUUAACAAAAAAAGAAAAAAAUAUAUCUUUUAAAAAUGAUUUGGGGGACAUCCAAAGACAUUUUUUAGAGCACUUUCAGGCCUUAUAAUAAUGGCCAAAAGUAAAUAGGUUUGGUUUCUGUUAAAACAGAAAAAAAUGCUACAGGCAGCUAAAGGAUUUUGCCCAUAGGACCUCUAAGUGUGUGCGGCUUUCUGUCUGCCUCUGUGUUCUGGUUCUGAGUGGUGUGCUCAUUGGGGGCGUCUUUGGGUUUCACGCAGGGCCCAUUUCUCUCUCCUUAGUCGGAGAGCACUGGGAAAGACUGUAUGAGGCUAGUCCUAAACGCAGGCCAGUCUGCCCACAAGUACUCCUUCUCAGAGUAGGUCUAGUCAACCCCUGACUGUGAAUGUGCCCAAGCAAGACCCAGUGCCCCCUAACUGACCACUAGGACAGCACUGCCCCUGUGUCCCCAAAGCUGCUGUAUUCACUGUCUGGCUUUGUUCGGACUCAUUUCGGGGCUAUACCUUCUUUAAGCUGUACAUUUGAAAUAGCUUGGCCGAUUUUCCCAUGUGACCGUCUCCUUUCAUGGCUAGAAGGAUUAGGAAGAGACCUGAGAGUGACGGGUGGAUUUUCUGGCACAGUGUUUUCGUAUCAGAAUCAGAAAAGAUUUCCAGUGGAAAAGGUUAAGAAGCCUCUGUGUUUCCUUGCAUUUCUAUUUUAGAGGAGAGCACUCGUAUACAGUAUGUCUAUCAUCGGUACUUUUUAAAGCAGCCUGUUCACAUCUUUUUUUAUAUUCUAAAGUGUAUAAAUUGCAUCAGAAAAAUGUGGAUCUGUUAAAUCAAAAUUGAAACAUUAAACAAUUUACACAGCAGUGUUUUUUUUUUUUUUUAAAGGCAUGCUUGCAGGAGUCACGGUUGUUGUUUUUGGUUAACCCGGAUGAUUCCCUCUUAUUUUAGUGUCCCAUUUCCAUGAUCUGAGAAUUCCAAAAGGCGUCUAUUGUUCUUAGCAGUGUUUUUGCUUGUUAAAACUAGGGCUGGAAUUAUCAAAAGCAUCUAAAUAUUGUCUUCUUUAAACUUGAAAUCCUGCAGUGCUUUAUCCGUUGUUGUUAUUAUCAGUAAAACAUUGUGCAAUACACAGCACAGUGAAGCAUGGGUACAAGUUAAAGGGUGGCAGUGCUUCAGUCCGUGGCUCUUAGAAAAGCAGAAGCUUGCACUCUGGUGUUUCCUCAGGGGCUGUAGUGUUUCUGUAUACAGUAUCUCCACUGUUUCUUGCACUUACUUGUACCCAGCUUUUUAAAGCCAUCACAGACACAGAAGCUGCCCCAACAUGUCUGAUCAUACACACACACACAAGCUGACUCUACCUGUCUGAUCACACACACACAGAAGCUGACUCUACCUGUCAAAUCACACACACACGCACAGAAGCUGCCUCUACCUGUCUGAUCACACACACACACACAGAAGCUUCCUCUACAUAUCUGCUCCUCAUUGGAGCUUGAAGCCCAUAGAUUCCACAGACAGUGAGGCACUGAAACACCCCUGAACCCCCUCAGUUAUACAAUUAUGAAACAAAGUGAAUCGUUAUUUAUGUAAUUGUUCAAGCAAAGAGAAGAGGUUGCACAAACAGGCUUUAUGUUUUGUUUUUUUUUAACGGAUGUCAUGUAAAUAAUAUCGCAGUAAUCAUGCCAUCUGGAGUAGAACAAGAGGCUGGUCUGAGUGCUGUUUACAGCUGUCCACUGGCUUCGUCUUCACCUGAAUAUUUAUUCUAAGUAAUUCAGCUGCCUCCAAGACUUAAGAUUCAGUCCUGUUUGAAAAUACAGAGCAUGUUCUUUUAAAGAGGUUUGGGUAGUUGAGAAGCACAGAUACUUCUCUUUAAGAAGAUAUUGUCAGCUUGACGGAUCUGUUUUCAGUUGUCUCUGUUACAAGAGAUUCAUUAACAAGAUUUGAUUGCUUAAAUCAAUUAAAAUUGGUAAUCAUAGAAAAAAACUUAUCAAGGAGUCCAUUUAGGAUUUUAUAUAAAAUGUGUAUAUUUGAAUCGGUUUUCUUUUUAAAAAAAAAUAACCUGUGUGUCAUGUAGCUAAACUAUAUAUUAAGUAGUGCAUUUGUCUUGAAUUUUAUAACUUCUGGAAAGGCUGCUUCUUUUGGUCUAAAUUUAAAAUUACAAGCACAGUUCUUUGUGCAUUCAAUUUUACAACUGCCUUUCCUUUUAGUAGGGGUGAUUUUAAGUAACUUUUCCACGUAAAUUAUAUUUACUCUGACAUUCAAAUGAGCAUUUGUGUCGAAAGGCAGGUGUGCUGUCAACCGGUCUGGCCUACAUCUUCAGUUACAUGCAAAUCAGAUGCAAGUUGCACAGGUCUGAACUGUCUACCUGACAAACAGGUGUACUUUCUGUUCAAAUAAUGUCCCUUUGAAUUUGAAAAAGUUAAACUAAGUUCAUGACCCCUGUAGAGAAUUUCUUUAUGCAGCAAAGACCAGGAAUAAAGUAGUGCAGGGUUUUUAAAAAGUUGGGGCAAUUACACUUGUCCAAAGAAAAAUGACAUUUCCCAUAAUCCCCCCAUAAUCCCUUGCUGGAUAUUCCAAGGUGGAGGGGUAGGUGUUUUCAGUACCUGCUCUUCUGUGUCUGUGAGAUCUUAUUCAGGUAGUGGGAUCCUGUACAGACUUUGUUUAUUAUAUAAUAUAUACACACACAUACAUUCUGGUUUGAAUUCAGAAACACUGCUUCUUCAAAAAAUGGUAUUUAAGCGGUUUUAAAAUGGACUUGGCUAGUUGGCAUGCACUUGCUACUGAACUCCUGAGUGCAUUCCCGCUGGGACUUAAACAAAGCUAUGUAAAUGUUUGAAAAAAGCACUUUCUUUGUUCUAUUUGUUUAUUUUGUAUUAGUGCCAAAUAAGUCAGAAAUGUGCAAAGGGACCAGAGAGAGUGGGUGUGCGAGACAUCCUGUCGGGGUCAGUAGCCAGACUUCUCCAGAUGAUUCCAGACCCUGUUUAAACACAGGUGGGGCUCUUUCAGUGGGUUGCUCAUGAUCACACGCUGCUGUUGUACAGCAUACCUGAGGCCAUACCCCUCCUGUCUGAAGCACGGUCAUUCCUGACUGAGGCUGCUUGUAAAGAGCAUUUCUUCAGACAUUGCAGGCUUCUUUUCUAAAGACUACUGUGAUUCAGGACAUUGCAUUUGUUCCAGUCAAUGAAUUACUGUUGCUUGUAUGCGUAAUCUGUAUAGUUGAAACUUAAUUUUUAAAACAGAAAGGUGUUGAGUAGGUAUUGUUUGUGGUUCUGUUGCCAUAGGAAUCCUGGACUCGUGCCUGCCUGGGGAUUGGCCAGUGGAAGGUUUUAUUAGACCAGAGCAUGUACAUUUUUCAGUUUUGCCUGAGCUAAAGUUUAGUCUUGGCAGUCCCUAAGCAAGCCCAGGCAAUCCCAAUUGAAUGGAGGUGUUUAUCACAUUAAUAAAUGUCCAAUGGCAGUAUUUGAUGACUGUAUUGUACAGCACACGGAGAUUGUGUACCUAUGGUGACAAAUACUGGUUGAUAUAACCAAGCAGUUUUUGCAGACUUUACAAAAAAAUAAAUUAUGUGACGUGAAAAUACGUUCGACUUUGAUCCAUAAAGUUUUUCAAUGUAACUGUCGCUGACCUGUUUGCUCAGAAGGUAUUUCAUUCUGUCGGUUAAGACCUGUUGCCAUUUAAACACAGAGUGCUCUGUGCCAUUGUGAUACGCACUCUGCGUUUCGGUUACACCCAGCUUUAUGGCCUGAUGACUUGUAUCUGUACAGUCAGUGUUUAGUAUUAUUUCUAAUCAGCUCUUUGUACUGUUACAGAAAAGUGUUCUUGUGAGUUCUGGGCAUGACAUGAUCUCGUCCUCUGUACUGUCAGCUGGUUUACACCUGUGUCGUUCAUCCUUUCUUCUGCAGUUUCCAAUGUCUCCACUUUAAACAAAACUUGUCAUUUCUGUUAGUUUCAGUCAAAGCCUCUUCUAAAGACACAUCUGUCAUUGCAUCAAAUAGUGUGCAAGUGAGUAAGUAAGCUGUACCCCGUUUGUUUUUUGUGGUUUAUAUCGUUUUUAGUUCUGUUGCUCCAGUAUUGACUCAGCUCAGUAAAGUUUUCUAUGGGGGGGUGAGGGGGGGGGUUUGAAUAAAACUCAAUUUUGCAGCAACAGGACUAAAUCUAAUAAUUGGAUCCAUUUACUCUUGGUAGGACUUCAGUGUUCUGGAGAUGCAAAGUAGAAAGUAACCUUGGUACCUCUUUACUGGAGAAUGGCCCUUUAUAUAGUAACAUAAUGUCUGCUGUGUAGAUAGCUCACUGGUGUAGGAAUAGACCCAUCCUUGCCCCUUACCCCCCAUUCCCAUCCAGCUGGUCCUGCUGUAGUUUGUAGAAGGAUGCCAGUUCCACUCUCGCCCCAGGACUCUGAUUGCUUGUCAGUCUUUAAGAGAUAGACCCUCCAAUGGAAUCAGUGAAAAUAACUUUAAUGAAUGGCAUCUCUUUUUACCCUUUUUAUAUUUUAAAUUACAAGAGUUGAGACCGCUGUCUGAGGGUCCCAUUUAAUCCUGUGUAGAUAUUUGUAUGUAUAAAAAAGACCUCAAUGUCAUGUAAUCUUUUUUUCCUCCUGUUUUUUAAAUAUUAAUAAUUAA